AUGAAAUUCCCGGGCUCGGUCCUGGCCUCGCUCUUCCUCUUCGUGGCCGAGACUGCGACGGCCCUAUACCUGAGCAGCACCUACCGCUCGGCCGGCGACCGCAUCUGGCAGUCGCUGACGCUGCUCUUCGCGCUGCUGCCCUGCGUGCUGGUGCAGUUCAGCCUGGUCUUCAUCCACCGCGACCUCAGCAGGGACAGGCCGCUUGUGCUGCUGCUCCACAUCCUGCAGCUGGGGCCCAUUGUCAGGUGUGUGGAAGUUUUUUAUAUUUAUUUUCAUGCAGGGAGAGUGGAAGAACCUUAUGUCAGCAUCACCAAGAAGCGGCAGAUGCCCAGAGAUGGUCAUUCGGAAGAAGUGGAGAGAGAAGUGGGCCAGGCAGAGGGCAAGCUGUUUACGCAUCGGUCUGCAUUUAGUAGAGCAUCAGUGAUCCAAGCUUUCCUGGGCUCUGCACCUCAACUGACGCUUCAGCUGUAUAUAUGUGUCCUGCAACAGGAGAUCACAGCAGCUAGAAGUAUCUUCAUGGCACUUUCUCUCCUAUCGAUAGUAUACGGAGCACUGCGCUGCAACAUCCUGGCCAUUAAGAUUAAGUACGAUGAUUAUGACAUCAGUGUGAAACCUGCUGCCUACCUCUGCAUUUUCCUCUGGCGAAGUUUUGAGAUUGCUAGCAGGGUUAUUGUUCUCGUCCUCUUCAGUUCAGUCCUUCAAAUCUGGAUCCUUCCUGUGGUGCUUGUCAAUUUCUUUGCCUUUUUCUUCUAUCCAUGGAUUCUCUUCUGGCAAAACUAAAACUGGACGCUUCUGAAUCCAGACGAAAACACAGAGGAAGAAUAUAGCUGCUGAAUUCAAGCCUUUGAAACUGACCUGCCACAUUUUCCUUUCAAGUGCCACAAAUGUUGACUCUCUCCAGAAGGCAGCUUAAAGACUUGGUCUUUUGAUUUUUUUUUUGUUUCGAUAUGAUCAUGUAAAUUUUGUUUUUGCUUUGU